GGCCAACCGCCAGCGUGCAUCAUAGUCCAGGCCAUAGUGUGGAGCUGCAAAAAUGUCCAUAGUCUGUUUCUAUUCACAACUACAGCUUUUAGUAAGUCCAUAGCUGCACUCUGAAAGGGAAAACAACCUUUUUAGCAGUUGCUGCAUCAUAAAGAGAAGACGCUCUGAUGUGACGGCGCACAGACUGAGAGGAAUGGCAGGAGAAACCAUGGGGUUUGAUUAGCCUGUCUGUGUGUUGGACGAUCACUCUGUGGAAAUCAUGUCGCACAGGAACAGAGAGCUGGUGGAGUUCUUUGUGAGCUACAAGCUGUCUCUGAGGAACUACCCAUGCUCUCUGCUGAGGACAGAGGACGCUGGCAGGAGGACUGAGGGAGAAAAGGCCAGCUCGGCCGCCAGCAACGGCUCGGCGGUCAACGGGGGCGGCCAGCCUGGGACGGCGUCACCCCCCCCGGGUGAUAUGGAGCUGGUCAAGGAGGCUCUGAGGGACUCGGCCAAUGAGUUUGAACUGCGCUUCACGCAAGCGUUUAGUGACCUCUCCUCGCAGCUCGACAUCACUCCUGACACAGCCUACCACAGCUUUAAGAGCGUGAUGGACGAGGUGUUCAGGGACGGGGUCAACUGGGGACGUGUGGUGGGCCUGUUUGCAUUCGGCGGCGUGCUGUGUGUGGAGUGUGUGGAGAAGGGUAUGAGCGAGCUGGUGUCCCGCAUCGCAGACUGGAUGACCAUGUACCUGGACGAGAACAUCAGUCCGUGGAUCCAGAGCCAGGGAGGAUGGGACUGCUUUGCUGAGAUUUUCGGGCAGGACGGCGCUGCAGAAGUGAGGCGAUCUCAGGAGAGGAUGAGAAGAUGGCUGCUGGCUGGAGUGGCGCUGCUGAUGGGAGUGCUGGUCGUUGUGGUCGUCACUAAGAAACGGUGAAUGUGCUUUAUCGUGGCACCCCCCUGUGUAUUGCAACGCCAACAAAAAGUAAAAAAGGAAAUAGUUGAUGUUUACAAAAAGCCCAGUCUGCUUGUGCACUGACAGAAUGUGGAUUGGCUGACAGCAGUUUGCGGGAGUCUCUAUAAAAUGUAGCUUUGUGAGCCGUAACACCUCUCACCCCACUUUGUCCUGUAACUUUUAUUAUUUUAAACACACGGCCAAGACUUUCAGUUGUUAAAGGGUGUUAACGUCCAGACUGGAAGUGCUUUAAAUGAUAAGCUAAGUGAAAUAGAUUCAGCUGGUUUGAUGAGACUGUUUAUUUUAUUUUUCCUUUGUGCAUUUUCCAAGGACCAAACUUUUAUUACUUACAAACUGACAGAUAGAAUAUACGUUAUACUUCCUCUUCACUGUGUAAUGCUCAGCUCCUUUGUUGGCUGUACUGGAGUGUUAGGCAUGCUUCAAAAAAUAAAUAUAUUUAUGUUUU